UAUGGGUUUUCAGGAAGCUUGAUUCCUUCAGUCCUGCAUAUUGGAAGUGUUGAGAGUGUCGUGUGGUGUGUGUGUGUGUGUGUGUGUGUGUAUAUGUAUAUAUGCUGUGAUGGAUGCUCGGCUGUGUGUGAUGUUCAGCGCCGCGGUUCUGAUCCGGUUAGUGCUGCUGUGCCUCGGCGUUUAUCAGGAUCAGAAUCUGCAGCUCAAGUACACUGAUGUGGAUUAUCACGUGUUCACCGACGCCUCCAGAUUCAUCAUACAGGGUCAGAGUCCGUAUAACAGAUCCACGUUUCGCUACACGCCUCUGCUGGCGCUGAUCCUGACGCCCAACGUCCUCCUGAGCGCUCACUUCGGGAAGCUGCUGUUCGUGGGCUGCGAUCUUCUGUCCGCUCUGCUGCUCUUCAGGCUGCUGGUCCUGCGCGGCGCGUCCCGGAGCUCGGCGUGCCUUUGCUGCGGCCUGUGGCUCUUCAACCCGCUGCCCAUCGGCGUGUCCACCCGUGGGAAUGCGGAGUCUCUGCUGGCCGUCCUGGUUCUGUCCACGCUGCUGUGUCUGGAGCGCAGGAGACGGACGUCCGCCGCGCUUCUGUUCGGCCUGUCCGUCCACACGAAGAUCUACCCGGUCACGUACGCGCUGCCCGUCGCGCUUUCUCUGGCCGGUGCGCCGUCCCGCGGGCGAGGACCGAUCCGGAACCUCUUCCGGUGCUUCAACAAGGAUCUGCUGCUGUUUGCAGCCGUUUCUGGAUCGGUAUUCUUCAGUCUGAAUGCGACGUUCUACUGCAUUUACGGUUGGGAUUUCCUCCAGGAGUCUUAUCUGUACCACCUGACGCGCAGAGACAUCCGUCACAACUUCUCUCCGUACUUCUACAUGCUGUAUGUGACGGCGGAGCAUCGCUGGAGCGGCGCCCUGGCGCUCGUCUGCUUCCUGCCGCAGCUGCUGCUGCUGUCUCUGUCCUCGCUGGCCUUCCGCUCGGAUCUGCCCUUCUGCUGCUUCGUCCACACGGCCGUGUUCGUCAGCUUCAACAAAGUCUGCACGUCACAGUAUUUUCUGUGGUAUCUGUGUUUGCUGCCGCUGGUUUUGCCUCGUUUGACGUUGAGUUUGAGACGAGGCCUCGGGCUGCUGCUGCUGUGGUUUGUGGGACAGGCGCUGUGGUUGUCGCCGGCGUAUUAUCUGGAGUUCGAGGGCUGGAACAGUUUUGCUCUCAUCUGGGUCGCCGGGCUGCUGUUUCUCCUGAUAAACUCUCUCAUACUGGGACAAAUAAUCUCCCAUUACAGACCCGCAGAAGCCCAGCAAAAGAAAACAGACUGACGGACGAGUCUGUUGUCUCGUAGAAACACAGACGGUCCAGGAGAUGGAUGAGAUGAUUCAGGCGUGCUGACCACUAGAUGUCGCCCAACGGCAGAUCUUGAGAUCGACUGCACAGUUUCCCUGAUCUUGAACAAGUGCUGGAUUUUUAAAUACUUUACACUUGAUAGAGAGUCAGUCGCUCUCACAGAUGAGCUUUUACUGGACUGUUCAGCAUUUUAGGCGUGCGAUCGUGAUAACGAGCAUUUGUGUCCACGCAGAGAUUUUCAUGGGUGUGAACAAACUUGUUUUAUGAACGACAUCUGCACGUCUGAGGCGUUUGCAGGUCUUACCGUGUGUGAGUGACGAGACGAGCUCCGCCCACUCCGGCGCUGUCAGCACCAAUAGGAAUGAAUGUUGAUCGGCGGUAGGCGGGGCAUCUGGCGCAUCCUGCCGACGUGCAGAACGAGAGCAAAACCGCUCGAUUCAAACUUGAUUCGCUGCUUAAGCUGAAUAAUUCACGUGGACGGAUGAAUUCAUCUCAGCUCUGGUCCGGGAGACCCGACGUCACUUCAGGUGAAGGAGCCGCUGCUGAACCUGCCUCCGUUUGUCCUCUCAGAUCAGGAUUAAACGAGAUUCAAUUAAAUGACCUCCACCUGCUGUGA